AUGAGUAAAUUGAUGAAAUCAAUAAUGAUAGAAUAAGAUGUUGACCUGUAAUGUUCAAAGAAACACAAAUCACCAAUACAAAUGGUUGUUUUUGAUUAAAAAUUGACCAAUAAUGAGAGGCUAUUAUGUUCUGAUUGUUUAGAAGAUUUUGAAUCCAAUGUCAAAAUGGUAGGUUUAACAAAGGUUUUAUAAAUAAUUGAUGAUAAAUAGAUUAAAUAAAUAGAAUAUAAGCAAAAUUUAAUAGAAAAUAACAUUGAAUAAAUUUAAAUGAUAUAAAGAAGCUUUAUUGAAAUAAAAUCUAAUCUUAUUUCAAUUAUUGACUCAUUAAUAGGAAAUUCUGAAGAAUGGAUCAAAGUUCUUAAUCAGAUUGGAGAAUAAACUGUAACUUAUAGUUUCUUUGAUGAAAUAGAACUACUUAUAUAAAAUAAACAUAAAAAUGAAUAAAAUUAAGAAAUGUUAAAGGAAAUUAAAUAAAUUAAUCAAUCUUGGAUUACUAAAACUACUCAAAAAAUUUUAAACUUUAAUUCAAAUUACAAAUUGCUAAUAACAGAACUAAAAAAAUAAUUGUAGAUUCUUAUUUAUAACUAAGUUUAAGAAGAAACUUAAGAGAUUAAAUAAUUAAUUGAUGAUCCAGUUAAUCUUAAAUUAAUUAAUAAUAAAUCCUAUUAAUAUGAUGAUUGCUUUGCAAUUUCAUUCAAUAAUAUUGGAAAUCUUAUGAUUUCUGGAUGUGGAAAGGAUAUUAAAGUAUGGGACUUUUAAGAUGGUAAAAUUAAAGAAGUUUUGAAAUUGAAAGGACAUACUGAUACAAUUAGAUGUCUUACAUUCGCUAAUUCGAAUAAUAGUUUCAUUUCUGGUUCUGGAGAUUUUUCUAUUAGAUGUUGGAAACAACUUAAUUUUAAAUAAUGGAAAUCAUCUUAACCAUAUUAAAAUCAUACUGAUUAAAUUGAAUGUAUUUUAUUAAGUAAAGAUGAGAGAUAAUUAAUUUCGAGUAGUUAAGAUAAAUCAAUUAAAAUUUGGAAUUUUGAUAUUAAUAAUAAUGAACUCAUAUUGUAGUAAUCAUUAAAUGAAAGUAAAUGUUGUUUAAAUAGUAUAACAUUGAAUUUUUCUGAAACUAGUUUAGUUGCUUGUGGGGAUGAUAAAUAAAUUUUAAUAUGGUUAAAGAACAAGUCUAAUUAAUGGGAAUAUUUAAAUGUUGUUACACAAUCUUAAGAAGAAUAUGGAACAAAAGUAUGUUUCUUAAACGACAAUUUAUUUAUUUGGGUGAGUGGUGAUAUAUCAAAGAAAAAUUGUGUAAGAAUCUUUGAACGAUAAGAGGGAACCUUUAUAGAAAAUACAACUAAAACAAUAGAAUUAGAAAAUGAUGAAGAAGAAGUAUUUGAUCUAAAUCUGUUCCCCAUUUAAUACAAUAUAGAGUAAAAUUUAAUUCUUAUUCGACAUAAAUUGUAUAUAUAUUUUUUAAGGGAAUAAAGAGACGGUAAGUAUAAAAUAGUUAAUAAAUUGAAGUAACUAAGUAAUUCAAUUUAGGGUUCAAUGACAAAAGAUUCGAAAUAUUUAGCUUUUUGGGAAUCGAGCUAAAAAACAUAUUCGAUUUAUGAAAUAGAAACGAAAUGA